AUGGAAAAGACAUAUGACGAUUUGCUGGCCAUAUCCGCAUUAGUUCAAUCAUUAACACAACAGCUUUCUGAAUCUAGUGAUCAAGUUGCAAAACUAGAAAAGAUUGCUAGAGAAUUAGUACCAGACUAUGACAAGUUAAUUGCAGCAGAGGCUCUUACGACAACCAACGAACCAGAAGAAGAAGUAAUACUAUCACCUGAAGAACAAGAUGAGAUAAUAAUCAAGAAGCUAGAACAACAACGACUAAAUAUUCUUAUGGAAAUUCAAAAGGAAGAUUUCCUAUCUGAAAAACUUCAAGAAUUAAUUGAUCAAAAUCAAACCAUUUUAGAAUCAAUAAAAGAAUAUUUAGAGAACAAAGAUCAUAUUCAUAAAGAAGAAGAAGAACAAAUACAAAGAGCAUAUGAUCAUUAUGUCCAUAAUAAAAUCCAACCAAUUAUAGACCAAUUAGAUUCAAAUCUAUUUGAUUUAUAUACUGGAAUUCAUAAAGUACAAUCAAUGUUAGAUAAAGAAUUUACUAAUCGAGAAUCAAUAACAAAUACUUUAGAAUCUCAAGAAUAUCAAGAAACUUUAGAUUCAACAAUUAAUAAAUUAAAUGAAAUAUUCACAAUUAGAAAAUCUAUUGAAUUUUAA